GUUGCGAAUGGUAAAUCAGUCAUUAAUGAUGUAAUUUAUUCGGAAUUGUUUUGCAUAUCUAAAACAUUCGCUAAAUCAAUUACUUAUUAAAGCUAAGAAACAGUGAAGGAGGCGAUAUUGUGUAACUGAGAGCGCGCGGUGCUGAUCGGUUAUAUCCUGCAUUUAGGUUUAGCGUGGUAAGCGAUGGAGAGUAAAAAUUAAGAUGCUUAAAGCUACUUAUAAUCAGAAUUUGCUUGCGACUUGAAGGAAUACCGGGAAUCGUUGGUAAGGGAAGCUCGGAAAAUGCCAAAGUUCUCCAGGGAAAUUUAUCUGCAAAUCAGUCACUGAUCCGUAAUAGGCGAAAUUAUUGAAAACUUUGUUCACUGCCAAACAUCGCGGCUAUAUCAGAAAAAAAUAUUCUUCCCCAACUUAAAUGCGGAUGGACGAGAGUUCCGAAAAUGUCACUUUGGACACUCGGGCGGGGCCCUCAUUGGAAUAUACGGUCAUGGCCGUAGGGCUGCCCCUGGUGAUAUUCAUCAUUGGCUUUGCUGGUAAUAUUUUGGUCAUAACUGUGAUUCUGAAGAGAAGAAGUCUCCAGACCCCCACAAACUGUUACCUUCUUAGCCUCUGUGUGGCUGACUGCAUCCUCCUCAUCUCCUCAAACCUUCCCACAAUCCCCGAGCCCCUUCUCCGGGCGGAAGAUUGGCCUUACGGAUCUUUUAUGUGCACGUUGUGCGUUUUCUUGGGAUAUUUGGGCGCAAAUGUGUCCUCCCUUUCAAUAGGUGCCUUUACCGUGGAACGAUACAUAGGAAUAUGUCAUUCCCUAAAAGCUCAAACAAUUUGUACGGUCAGUCGUGCAAGAAGGAUACUUUUUGUGUUGUGGACUCUGGCUAUUUUAUAUUGCUCUCCGUGGCUGGCUUUAGCCAAAGUAGUCCCCCACACCCGGAAUGGUACCGUGGUUCAGAGCUGUACAUAUACUUUGGAGCGCUACUACUACGGGAUUUACUAUGUGUUUGAUUUUGUUGUUUUUUAUGUUGUUCCCCUCGUCCUAUCGUCCGUUCUUUAUUUCUUCAUGAUCCGGUUGUUGCUGAAGGACGGGGCCCCAAGGAGCACAGAACACCGGUCCCUACAGCCCAGAAACCGCGGGGCAGCGGCUAGAAUGCAGGUUGUGCGCAUGCUCAUAGUGAUAGUGGUGCUGUUCGGAACCCUCUGGCUCCCGUACCGAAUUGUUGUAGUGUACAACUCGUUCCAAGACAGCCUGCUCCAGUUCAAAGAUUCUUGGUUCUGGCUCUUCUGUCGAACAAUGGUCUUCAUCAACAGCGCCAUUAAUCCCAUUGUGUACAAUAUGCUCUCCGUCAAAUUUCGCCGGGCAUUCCGAGACAUCGUCUGUAAGGGCAAGGAGAGAGGGGCGUUCAAUGACGGGACUGAUACCACUUCCGUUCGCCUUUCGCGCAUGUCAACUCGAUAUUCAUUUACGGCAGACAUGUUGAUGAAUGGCCGUAUUGUUCAACAGGAACCAUUCCUCUGGACCAGAAGCUACACGCGGUGACAGGGAUUAAUCAUUCAUACUUGUCACGAACAUGAGAUUAUUCUUAAUGAAUGAAAAUGUUUUGACUGAAAUAAAUGUAAACAUCACCGAAUUUCAGCAUUGAUUCGUUGAUUUGUUCUUUAUUGGUAAAUAAAGGUCCUGUUGCUAUCGUGAGUAGAACUCACCA